CUAAGCCCAUUGUAUGCCCUUGACCUGGGUGGCUCUUGGCCAAACGGAUAUGGUAUCAAGUUAGUGAUUGAUUGCAGACAAGCAGACGCCCCCUUAUGUUCUUGCUGUGUGCUGUGCUUGUUUGGAUGAGUCCACGACAUGCCUAAUAAGAGACGAGAUGGGCCAGGGCGAUGAGAGUGAUCGUAUUGUGAUCAACGUGGGAGGGACUAGGCAUCAGACGUACCGUAGCACCUUGCGCACCUUGCCUGGCACUCGGCUGGCCUGGAUUGCUGAGCCUGAUGCCCACAGUCACUUUGACUAUGACCCCCGCACAGAUGAGUUCUUCUUUGACCGGCACCCAGGAGUCUUUGCUCAUAUCUUGAACUAUUACCGCACAGGAAAGCUGCACUGUCCAGCAGAUGUGUGUGGACCUCUAUAUGAGGAGGAGCUGGCCUUCUGGGGCAUUGAUGAAACUGAUGUGGAACCCUGUUGUUGGAUGACCUACAGGCAGCACCGUGAUGCUGAAGAGGCCCUUGAUAGUUUUGGAGGGGCACCCUUGGAUAGCAGUGCUGAAGAUGGAGAUGCAGAUGGCACUGGUGACUCAGGUGAUGGUGAGGAGGAGCUGGAGAUGACUAAACGCCUAGCACUAAGUGAUUCUCCAGAUGGAAGGCCUGGGGGCUUCUGGAAGAGGUGGCAGCCCCGUAUCUGGGCACUUUUUGAGGAUCCCUAUUCCUCCAGAUAUGCAAGGUAUAUUGCAUUUGCCUCCCUAUUCUUCAUUCUGGUUUCCAUCACUACCUUUUGCCUCGAGACUCAUGAGAGAUUUAAUCCCAUCGUUAACAAGACAGAGACGGAAACUGUUGGGAAUGGCACCCAGGUGCGCUUCUAUCUGGAAGCAGAGACUGAAGCUUUUCUGACCUACAUAGAAGGAGUCUGUGUCGUCUGGUUUACUUUUGAGUUCCUGAUGAGGGUUAUUUUCUGUCCAAACAAGAUGGAAUUUAUCAAAAAUACCUUGAACAUCAUUGACUUUGUGGCCAUUCUGCCUUUCUAUCUGGAGGUUGGACUCAGUGGCCUGUCUUCCAAAGCUGCUAAGGAUGUCUUGGGCUUCCUGCGAGUCGUCCGGUUUGUUCGAAUUCUGCGAAUUUUCAAGCUGACCCGUCACUUUGUAGGGCUGCGGGUUUUGGGACAUACCCUUCGUGCCAGCACAAAUGAAUUCUUGCUGCUCAUCAUCUUCUUGGCAUUGGGCGUCUUAAUCUUUGCCACAAUGAUUUACUACGCUGAGAGAAUAGGUGCUAAACCCAAUGAUCCUAGUGCCAGUGAACACACACACUUUAAAAAUAUCCCCAUUGGCUUCUGGUGGGCUGUUGUCACCAUGACUACCCUGGGCUAUGGAGACAUGUAUCCUCAGACUUGGUCAGGCAUGCUGGUGGGAGCCCUGUGUGCUCUUGCAGGUGUGCUGACCAUUGCCAUGCCUGUGCCCGUCAUUGUGAACAAUUUUGGAAUGUAUUACUCCUUAGCUAUGGCUAAACAGAAGCUACCAAAGAAAAAAAAGAAACAUAUCCCACGGCCGCCCCAGCUGGGAUCCCCCAAUUAUUGUAAAUCUGUCAUAAACUCGCCACACCACAGUACUCAGAGCGACACAUGCCCACUUGCCCAAGAAGAAAUUUUAGAAAUUAACAGAGCAGAUUCGAAACUGAAUGGGGAGGUGGCCAAGGCGGCGCUGGCAAAUGAAGACUGUCCCCACAUAGACCAGGCUAUGUCACCUGAUGAGGGACUGCCCUUUACCCGUUCUGGCACUCGGGAGAAAUAUGGACCUUGCUUCCUCUUAUCAACCGGGGAAUAUCCCUGCCCGCCUGAUGGAGGAAUAAGAAAGGGUUAUGAAAUGUCACAGAACCUUAACAGCAAAGCUCACAUAAGUGGAAAAGGAGUAGUAUUAUCCUCAAAGUCUGCACCCUACAGUUCUGCUAGCCCAACAAGACAUUCUUGGUCUCCCCUCCCAUCCAUUUUGUAGCAUGGAUCAGCAGCAGAGAAUGGUCUAAGUAAUCAUCAUCAUCAUCAUGAUAAUAAUAAAAAAAGAAAAUAAUUAUUUUUAAUUAGCCUAUUCAUUUUCACAUGUAAGACAGAUGAUGAAGCUUGAAGAUGUCAUGUCUCUUGGUAGCAUCUCAUGGGGAUGGUGUUACUACUGGCGCUAGUAAAACUUAUAUUGAUAAUAUCCUUUGGUAGAGCUGAAAUGAUUAUGGGUGGGCACUAGCAGCUUUGGUGGGCCAUAACACUGCAUGAUAUUGGUACAUAAGACAAUAAGGUAGAUGCACCAUGUAGUUUACUCUAGUGGUGCAUCAUACUAGUACAACCUUUUCCUGGCUAAUGGUGGAUCUGCUAGCUUUUAUGGAAAGGCUUAGGCAUUUAGUCCGAUGCUGAAACUUGCCAACGAUUGAAGAUUUUGCUUUUCUCAGGAUAAUUUUGAGCCAUAGGAACCCUGCAGAAGCUUGAGCAAAACAUGUGCAGUAGGAUGAAACUUUGCAUGGGCACCUAUUCUAAGUUGAAAGCAAUACUCAGAUACACUGUAGUGAGGUCUCUAGCUGGCUGGCUGACUGCAUGGGAGAAAGUACUGGUGGAGAAGAAAACUGGCUGCCGCUGCAUGUAGCUCUUUCUAUCUUAGUCCUCCUUCCUUUAAAACACCCAGCUUGAUUUGAAAAACACAGGAGAGAAGCUCAAGUAUUGAUUAUAUUCUUUACAUGCAGAUCUUUGCAAAGAAAGGCCUGUCAUUGCUAAAUAUAUGCCAACAGAGGCAGUCAAAGUGACUUGACAUGGAGAGAAGGAGAUGGACAAUGAUGGCUUAUAAACGUCUGGGUGGAACUGUACGGGCAUAGAAGACCUCCUCCUUUGGACAAAGUAAUCUCACUCCAUGCAAGUUUGCAGGAUGAUUGUGUUUUCAGAGAUAUAAAUAGAGAUGCAGGCUUUUUCUAUGGCCAAAAUGUAACAAAUGGUAGAAUAUUUUUUUGUUGUUCCAUAGCAUGAAUUGCAUGAAGAAAAAAAAACCUCUGCAAUUGUAUGAGUAACUUUAAAGGGAGGGGGGGGGGAAGGCAAAGUGAUCUAUUUUCUUUCAAAGCUCUUUACUUUUACAUACAUUGUAGUAGCCAAAAUGUAAAUGUUCUAAAAAGUACAUUCCUUUGCUAUUGAUUGCUUCUUUUUGUAUACAAGAGAAAAAAAGAAUUAAUGGUUUUUAAAGUGCAAUCAGGCUGGUCAUAUUGACCAUGCCUUCAUAAAUUCAUCACACUGACAUGAAA